ACAAACAAAAUGCUGAAUCAAGUUUUUUCUUGAACUUCAAGUUGAAGCCGCGAUAAUUCAGUUAUUUAUCGUGUAUACAACAUGACAACCGCAGUAGUUAAAAAGAAGGCAUCGGAUAUUCCAGAAUGUCCAUACGGCGCGAGGUGUUACCGCAAGAAUCCCCAACAUUUCGCGGAGUUUUUGCAUCCGAAAAAAUCCAAAACAUCAGAUGAUUCGGAUAAUUCGGACGUCAGUGUCGAUGGGUCGUCUACACCAACAGCGACGGUACAACCUACUACAGACAGUAGCACUCUUCCAGUUUGUAAAUACGGAGCUAAAUGUUAUCGGAAAAACCUGAUGCAUUUUGCUGAAUUCUCUCAUCCAACAGCAGUCGUUGCCACCAUUAAUGACAACGGGGAUGACACAGAUGAAAUCACAGAUGAAGACGAAUCAAAUGACAAGAAAAAGGAUGGUGUGAAGUCAGAAGAUAUCCUAAAACGAGGCACGUCCUUAGUAAAAAGCUACAGUAAGAUGACAGAAGAGGAACGUAAAGAACUGAUCAAGAAAGCAUUUGAAGCCAAACAGAAACUGCAAGAAGAACUUGAAGCAACAAAGAAAGAAGUGAAGAAGAAGGAGGAAGAAGUAAGCAGGCUGCAAAAAGAGGUUGCAGGUGGUCUUCUGCUAAUGGAAGGUGAAAAGGAAGCCUUGGAAGGGAAAGAGGUCAAGUACUUUGAUCUGUACCCAGAAAGGUCAUACAAGGAGGGAUCUGCAGCCCAGACCCACUUCCGUCUGGCAGAGUCUCAGUUUUAUAGGCUGCUAAAUACCGGAAUGACUAAAACCAAUUUAGUGAAAGUGGAAUAUGUCCUCAAUCCAGAUCUGGUGCAUCAUUUCAGGGAAUGUCGAGAAAGCUUAAAGAAGAAGCAUGGGGAGGAGUUUUCUUACCCUGUGUUGGCGUUUCACGGCACAAUGGAGACGAAUAUCAAGCCUAUAUGUGAGACUGGCUUCAAAAUACCCGGCGACAAUGGCCAUGCUCAUCGUACAGACACAGGCUGGUACGGAAAGGGUGUCUACUUCAGCGAAUACCCUGCCUACUCCAUGGGAUAUAUCCAGGGCGCAACCCAACUGCUACUCUGCCAAGUUCUACCCGGCAAAGCCUAUCAGUGUACAAAGCUUAUUCACGGGCAUUCCUUGAUGAAAGGUUACGAUUCCCACGUGUCUCCCUGCAAGAAAGAGCUUGUCAUCUUUAACAAGUAUCACAUUCUGCCACAGUAUAUUGUCCACUAUCAGCCGAAUGCCGGAGAAUUCAAAUACACAUCACCACCAAAACCAACAUCAGCUGCUUGUAGCACAGCAGAUGGCAAGAAAGGCAAAGGGAAGAAGAAGGGAGGAAAGCUUACAAUAGACGAAUUAACAGACACUGAGAUGUUGAAAACCAAGCAUGACCAGGCUAUAGCCAUGCCUACAUCAAGCACAUUGGAUGGAUACAAUAUUCAGUUCACUGGGACUUUCCAGGACACGCAGGCCGGAAUGACGGCCCUGGUCAAAUCACAUGGAGCAACAAUAGGAACAAAAGCUGUUUUCAGUCUACUGAUAGCCUCGAAGCUGGAGUUUGAUCUAUCAACAAACAAAAUCCUUCAGGCUAACAAGAAAGGGGUUUCAAUAGUGGGUGAAAUGUUUUUAUAUGACUGCAUCAUCAACCAUAAGAAACAAAAUGAGGAUCAUUACAGAUUAGACGACUAGUCACAUACAAUAUUUAUGAUCACGUCAACAUUGAUGAUAUGAUAGCCACCAUGCCUUGCACCUGGGAAGAGCUGGGCCUGUAUUCACCAAACAAUUCUUAGACUUAAGUCUAAGACUAAAUUAUAUUCUUUAAAUGGAUAAAGUAUAGAAUUGCUUGAAUUUUGAGUCAAACUUGGCAUUAAACAACUACCUAUAUCAUUCUUCAUAUAACAGUUUGUUCAUGACAUAAUCACCAGUUGAGGCCUGUAUAUAUUCGAAUACUGAUAUUGGUUCCAAGUCUAUUCUUUAUUCUGAAGUCUAAGAAUGGGUUGGUAAAUAUUGUCCCUGAUUUUGCUUCCCUUUCCAUUGGCAACUUAGCCUUGCGAUUUUGAGGUCACAAUUUCCAUUCCCUCAUCGACUGGCACCUGCAGGCCUUGCAAAUGGAAGGUCUUGAUUUCGAUCUCCUGUCCGUGGGCCACUUAGCCUUGCGACUGCAAGGUCACAGUUUCCAUCCACUUAGAGAUAGGCACCAAGCUUUGCAAAUGGAAGGUCUUGCUUUGGACCAACUGUCCAUUGGCCACUUAGCCGUUUUAUUGGGAGGUCACAUUUUCCAUCCCCUCAUCGACAGGCAUCAAGCCUCGCAAAUGGAAGGUCUUGAUUUCGAUCAUGUUAAGAGCAUUAUUUAAGCCCCAUAAACACUCAAAAUCAACAAAUAUAUUAUAAAAUAAAGUUAACCCAUCAAUAAUUGAUAAAGCCAAUCUCGUGUUUGCUUGUUAAUGUUUGGAUAUUGCUGCGGGAAAUUCACAUUGAAUAUAUUGUUACACACAAAAUAGAAACACGCAUUUUGUCUCUUGUCAAAUCUAUAUUACCAGACACCAUCUAGUUUUGAAAUUUUUGCAAAUAAUAUUCAUACAUUCACUAAUGUUAAGGCAUAAGGAUUUUAUUGUGUUAUGUAUAAUGUAACUUUGGCGUAUAUUUUCUGCCUCUGGUACCAGCCAACAUUUCAGGAUUGUCUGGUUUACAAAAAUCAUGUCAUGAAAACAUGGAUAGAUUAAAUGGUCAUGAAAUAAUUUGUUAGAUUUUGAUAUAAGAAAUUGUCAGUUGUGUUUUAUAGCUAGCACAUUUUACAUCAUAGUUUCAUUAAAAGAUAUUGUUAUUAGUUUAUUCCACUCCAAAUUCUGGUUUGUCUUGCAUAACAAAUAUUUAUUGAUGUUCCUAUUUCACCAAAGUGAAAUACUGGUAUUCGAAAUUAAUUAUUUAUUUUUAAAUCUGCAAUAUGAUUAUGCACAAUUGUACAAAGGUUGUGCCGUUUGAAAAGAUAUUUGUAAUUUGUCUAGUUAAAAGAUGCCUGUAUUGUGAUAUGAUUUUUACAAUUUUAUUUCGUGUUAAAAGUAAAUAAUAAUAUGUAAAAAAAUGUGUAUUCAUGUUCCUCUGGAUGUAAUGUUCAUAUUGUAAUGUAAAAUAUCAUGGAUGUAUCCUGAACAAAAAUUGUAAGACGCUGCCAUAUUUUCAUGUUCUGGUACUCGCAUGAUCCUAUCUGUUACAUGAUAUGUUAUUUUUAUGUUUAUUUUUAUCAUGUAUUUUUCACAUUCAAAGCAAAUUGUGAUAUGCCGGUGAUUAGAUUUUGUCUAUUGCUAUUUUUAUUCAAAAAGGCUAUUUUUAUUUAGCAUGAUUGAUAUAAUGUAUAAUGUUUUUACAUGUAAUACAAUCCAUCGCUAUUUAUAAUACAAUGUAGUUCACAUGUUUUUUCCACAUUAAAAGCAAAUUGUUAUAUGCUGGUUUGUAAUGUUUGUUAAUUGAUACUUUUAUUCAAAGAGGCUAUAUUUAUUAUGCCCCCCUUCGAAGAAGAGGGGGUAUAUUGCUUUGCACAUGUCGGUCGGUCUGUCUGUCGGUCGGUCCGUCCACCAGGUGGUUUCCGGAUGAUAACUCAAAAACGCUUGGGGCUAGGAUCAUGAAGCUUCAUAGGUACAUUGAUCAUGACUUGCAAAUGACCGCUAUUGAUUUUGAGGUCACAAGGUCAAAGGUCAAGGUCACGGUGACCCGAAAUAUUAAAAUUGUUUUCGGAUGAUAACUCAAGAACGCAUACGCCUAGGAUCAUGAAACUUCAUAGGUAGAUUGAUCAUGACUCGCAGAUGACCCCUUUUGUUUUUGAGGUCACAAGGUCAAAGGACAAGGUGACCAGAAAUAGUAAAAUGAUUUUCGGAUGAUAAUUCAAAAACGCUUUUGCCUAGGAUGGUGACACUUCAUAGGUACAUUGAUUGUGACUUGCAGAUGACCCCUAUUGAUUUUCAGGUCACUAGGUCAAAGGUCAAGGUCACAGUGACAAAAACGUAUUCACACAAUGGCUGCCACUACAACGGACAGCCCAUAUGGGGGGCAUGCAUGUUUUACAAACAGCCUUUGUACUAUAAUUGUUUUUAUCAAAUGCUAUACCCUGUUUCCCAUGUAAUACAACCAUGAAAUAUUUUUUUUUUAUUACACUAGUGAAAUACAACAUUUUUAAGCGUUUUCAUUGGCUUAGUUUUCGUUUAUUGACCAAUCGCAUUUUGUUAUUUUACUGAAAUGACGUUGCAACGUCAAAUGACGUCACGAAAUGUAAACAAUAUUCGGGAUUUAUCAUUAUGUUUGCGUAAAUAUUUAUUUGAUUUGCUCAUUUAAAAGCAUGUGAUAAAAAAGAUCUGACACUCAUUGUCAUAUCAUACCAUAUUUUAUUAAACUCUUCUAGGAAAUUCAUUAGUAAGCUCGCCAAAGGCUCGCUUACUAACAAAAUUCCUGAACUCGUUUAAUAAAAUAUGGUAUGAUAUGACAAAGAGUGCCAGAUCCUAUAUUUCUUUACUAGCAUUUUAUAGAUGUAUUUAUUCAUAAGAUAGAUUUAAGGUCUAAUUUUGCAUCGGUAGUUCAGUUCACAUGUUUUUCAACAUAGAAAGCAAAUAGUUACAUGCUUGUUAGUAAGUUUUGUUCAUUGAUAAGCAAUUUUUAUACUAAAAUAAUUUUUCUUAAUCAGUAUUUCUUAAUAGAUGUUUAUAUUUAUAAGAUUGAUAUACAUGUAAUAUCUUACUCAUAUUACAAACCAUAAGUACAGUACUGCACAUAUUUAAUAUGGCCACUUGUGGUUUUACGUAUUUUAUCAGCUUCGCAAUCUGUCACUCCAUUCUUUCUAUUCAUCCAUUUUACUGUUAGUUUGAAUUUGAACUGUUGUUAAAGUAUUUUGUUUAAUUAAGAAAUCCUAGAUAUCUCGUAUUCAUUUGUUUAUGUAUUUGAUUGUUAAUAGGAUGGUUAAUUUUGUGAUUAUAUUGUUUUGUGAUAUGACAGUUAAAUUUUAAAUUAGUACUUUAUAUUGCAUUAUUUGUGACAUAAAUAUAUUUUACCUAUGUUUAUAGUGAUUUUAUAAAAUAUUUCGGAUAUUA